UUACACUUGUGCUGGCCUUCCAGGAAGCCACAGGGCAGGGGGAGACUGUGCAGAGCAGCCGUAGGAGUGAGGAUCAGGCAGGCCCAGCGUGUGGGCCAGCCCAUGACAUACAUAGAACCGUAAAGCAGGCUGGAGAUGGUGCGUCCGGGCGCGCACAUGUGUAUAGACCCGCAGGCGUGUCUAUACGCCGGGUGGGCACCUGUCGUGUGAGUGGCUCUGGGCGCGGCUGCUUCUCGGACCUCCAGUCUCUGUAAGAUUUAUUCUUAGGGGCCUACCCUCCCCUUUCUCCAGAGGGGAACGUAAGAAGUUUAACGGAGCUGAGACUGAGCAGAUUAAGGGAGUGGAGCAGACGCUGGGCCCGAGAGGGUGGGGACUGCGGGUGCUGGAGGGUAGACCUAUUUGUCCCGUCUCUCAGCCAGAAGGCGUUUUGCAAAGACUGGCAUGACAAAGGUGGCCCUGAAAUGCCCACAGAGCCCAAGCGGUGAUGAGCACUGAGUGAGUGGCCGUGGACUGAGCUUGGUCAAUUUAUUGCCUGGAGGGAUGCUAGCAGUUAGGAAGGUAAGGAGGAAACUCAGGAUGGGGACCAUCUGCUCCCCGAACCCGAGCGGGACAAAGGCAUCAUCGGAGGUCUGCAAUGCCGACUGGAUGGCCUCGCUCCCCCCUCACCUCCACAACGUCCCCCUUUCCAAUCUGGCAAUCCCAGGCUCUCAUGAUUCAUUCAGCUACUGGGUAGAUGAAAAGUCCCCAGUGGGGCCUGACCAAGCUCCAGCUAUCAAACGCCUUGCCAGGAUCUCCUUGGUGAAGAAGCUAAUGAAGAAAUGGUCUGUAACUCAGAACCUGACAUUCCGCGAGCAGUUAGAAGCUGGGAUCCGCUACUUUGACCUGCGUGUGUCUUCUAAGCCAGGGGAUGCGGACCAGGAGAUCUACUUCAUCCAUGGGCUUUUUGGCAUCAAGGUUGGGGAUGGGCUGAUGGAGAUUGACUCAUUUCUUACACAGCACCCUCAAGAGAUUGUCUUCCUGGAUUUCAACCACUUCUACGCCAUGGAGGAUGCCCAUCACAAAUGCCUAGUUCUCCGCAUCCAGGAGGCCUUUGGAAACAAGCUGUGUCCAGCCUGCACUGUGGAAAGUAUGACGCUGCAAAGCCUGUGGGGGAAGAAGUACCAGGUUCUUAUUUUUUACCACUGUCCCUUCUACAAGCAAUACCCCUUCCUGUGGCCAGGAAAGAAGAUUCCAGCUCCCUGGGCAAAUACCACAAGUGUGCGCAAACUCAUCCUCUUCCUGGAGACCACUCUGAGUGAGAGAGCCCCACACGGCGCCUUCCAUGUCUCCCAAGCAAUUCUCACCCCGAGAGUAAAGACCAUCGCCCGAGGCCUGGUUGGUGGUCUCAAGAACACAUUGGUUUGUAGGAAUCUUCCUGCCAUCCUGGAAUGGGUGAAAACUCAGAAGCCUGGAACCAUGGGUGUCAACAUCAUCACAUCUGACUUCGUGGACCUGGUGGACUUUGCCACAACCGUCAUCGAGCUGAAUGACCUUCUACAGGAGGACAGAGCUUUGGCUAAAUGCUGAUUUAAUUUUUAAUUUUACUCAAUGUUGAAUUUGUUGACCAGGAUUGAGUUCUUAAGGGUUUCCUGUUAGGAUGGCCCCUGGGCAGUUCUGGUGAAAUGAGUAAGAGGAGGAGAGCUUAUUUUAUUCCUUCCUCAUAGGGCCAUUUGGAUAAAAUUAUAGGGCUUUUAGUUGCAUUUUUCCCAAACGAGACUUCUAAGAAACUUAAGUCCAAGGGAAGAAAGCGUGUUUCAUGUGAGCAAAGUCAGGAUCUCUGCAAUGGCUUAUGGUGAUGUAUGGAAUAUGGAAAGACAGUCUCCAGGUUCCACUGGGGUAUUAAGUGCCCCUCCAAUUGGCCCAGUUCUCUAUUGUCUUCCAGGGUGUUGAGUUUGAGCCAGUGAGAAGGCUAAACCAGGAAGCCAUUUCUGGUCAAAAGUAUGGCUCAUUGCAGGUGUGGACUGACCAGUAGGGUGACUCUAACACCAACCUGAGGCUCUGAACAGGAAAGUGGCCAGGCACCAGUUCUCUCCAGGACUGGUGAAUGUUACAACUUAUUAAUUUAACCUGAGUAGGUAAGACCUAUUUCUCACUACGGUGUUUUAGCCACAAGCUGUUGUUGUGUAGCUUGUGCUAGUAGCUGGUCAUCUUCAUUCUCCAGAUAAAAAGUGUAUACUGCCCUCGGUAUCAGAACUAUGUUUCCCAGUUUUACAACAUUGAUUCCUUUCUAUUUCUUUUGGCUCCUUAAAAGUGAAAGGAACAAUGAUGGGAGAUCUUUUCAGUGUGGGGCCCAACACAGAUAGACUUACAUGCAUGUUUGUUGCAUGCCUUAUUUCUUUGAUUUAAUUCUGUGGCUUUUCCAAAAAUGGCUGUCAGGUAAGCACCUGCAUCAUUUUGGCAAGUCUUCUUUGGACUGAGAUCUUCCAGCCAGGUCUUGGAACUGCAUUUUACUGUUGUCUGCCUAAGACUCAGGUCUGCACUGUGGGACACAACCCUAGUAGAAGGCACCUUGUCCAUGAUACCAUGGAGGUAGCCACAGGAUGCAUGGGAAAGUGCAAUGACAUUCAAGGAGGAAGCUCCAUGUGGGUUUGGAGCCAUUCUGUAACUCCUUGAAAACAAGACUACCUCGGGGACAUUUGGGAUGACUUACAUGUCAUCGAGUGAAAAAUACCCAGUGUGGGAACAUCUCCAGUUUAUGUCUUGAUUGUUCUACUUUCUGUAGGUUGUUUUGAGCCUAUUAAUCACCUCCAUGAAGGCUCUGAAACUCAAGGGGGGGGGUUGUUAUUAUUAUUAUUGAUAAGAGGUGCUUAUCUAUAAAGAGCCCUCUUGGGUUUUUAUUUAUUUAUUUAUUCAUUCAUCUAUUCAUUUAUAGAGUGAGUCUCUGCAGUGCACUGCAGUAAGUAUCCUCAAGAGCACUCACACAGGAGCUUACUGGACUCUUCUCGCCAGUACAGAUGCUGCUACGGUCUUCCUCCCCUCACCAGGACCGUGCAUCUCAGGGCUCUCAGUGACCUUUGACUGCUGUAGGUGUCCUGGCUCCCCUAGCCCUUUCAGGGACAGUGUACACAUGUGGACGUGGGACAGAUCUGAGAAGCCCUGCCACCCCACUCACGAGGACAGAAUGGCUCAUAAAGAAUUCUCAGUUCUUGAGGUAGAUCAUCCAACAAAGUGCUGAAAUUAAGAAACAGAAGAAAACCGGGUAUCGUGUGUUCUUCCAUGUUCCUUGGCACUAUCUGAGAAUGCCUAAGUGUCAGGUUCUGGCAUCUUAAGGAGAAAAUGCAAAUAUGGAAUCUCAAAUAGAUAUGUGUAUGUACAAAGGUCAUUGGACCCUCCUCCCAGGAAUUCUCGUUUAUCUCCUUAGAUGCUCAUAAAUGGAUUUCGCAUGUUGCCUGCAAUGGGGGGAGCAGCGGCAGAUCCGAUCCUGGAUGAGCCUCUAAAAGCACACGCACACCCCCUACUCCUGGUCUUCCAGCCUUUACUUUCUGUAACUUCAGUUCUGACUUUUAGCCUCCACGGUCUGAGGAGAUCUCUGGGAAAAUAUGGUUUAAAUGUCCUUUUUCUUGCAUUUGAAUACUUCCUCAAAGUGGUUUUUGGGGUGAUAUUGUUGAAUUGCAAAGAGCCUUCUCUGGAUCGGACUGAGAAAGUUAAGUGUCCACUUUCCUAAUUUUCCUUCAAUUCUUACAUCACGCCCUAGUGAUAGGUUCUGAAAUCCCUUGCCUGUACCCUCAGGGUUUUAUUUUUGUGUUAUUGUUUCAUUUUGGUUUUGUUUUUAAUGCUUAGUCAAUUGCUAAGGAUCAGCCCAUUUCCCAUUUUAACUCUGUAUUACUUGGCAAAGAGAUAAGGAGGCAAGAGGAGAAUCAUUCUGCUCUGUUUUAUUUGAGCCUCAGCUUUGUCCAGGUGCUUGGUGCUACGAGGCCAGGUGUGUUGUCAGGUAUCUACACAGGAUGCCAGUGACACCCAAGGGCUGCUGACUGUUCAGUGAAAUGUUUACUAGACUUUCUCCUUUAAUUUUUCAAUAUGUAGUUGCACUCCACUUGAGUUGUAACAUUUAAGUGCACUGCAGGUUUUGCAUGAUAGAAGUGGUGGAGCAUGACACAGAAACACAGAAAACUCUCCGAAGGCUGCAUGCAUGGAGUCCUGCUCUGUGUGGCGGGUGCAGGCACUCUGUCCUUCGUGUUGCUUUGAAUUCGCCAGUUUUGCUUGCAUUUGAAAGUCUGCCCAGGAAUUCUAGAUGAUAGGAGGAGGAUUGUUAACCGUUAUCCCUUGAUAAACACCCUUGAAUUGAAAGACUCUGUGCCGCCCAAAAACGUUGCUUAACCUAUUUUAUAGGGUUUGUGCAUUGUGCUCCUUGAUGAAGUGGCCAGGCAGAACUCAAACACAUGGGUCAGAGAGGAAACAGACUUCAGGUCAGGGACUUGUUCUGUGACCACCAACCAUAAAUGUGGUGUCCCAACCGUAUCGCUUAUUCUCACAAAUUCUGGGGACCUUUCAAAUCAGAUAUGCUCAGAAUUCAGUUCAUGAUCAGCUAAAAAGCUACUUGACCGAGCCAAAGAAGAUUUUGGUUUCACAGAAUUUGAGGUCAUCUUUAUUCCCCCCCCAGAACUGAAUUCUUCAUAAGCUCCUUGGACCAUUUCCCACAGGACCCUAUUUCCAGGGUUUAUGGCAAAGGGACUGUCACAAGUCUCGGGUUAUAACAGUGUUUAAAAACUUGAACUUUGAGCCACAUGGCAUCAUGGAAAAUAAGUAUAUUCUUCGGACUGGAGAGAUGGACUUGGUAGAAAGGAACGAUAAGUUAUCAAGAAUUCAAUUUUGAAUUAAUGGCAGAUCUAAGAGGGUCAUGCCAUUUUUUUUCCAUUUGAUGAUGUAUUAGACAUGAUAGUAAUUUAGUCAUUUUCCUUCGUGCUGAAUCCAGACCUUGGAAUUCUUGAGAAGAGUUAAGCCACAGCCUAAGCCCAGGAUUUUAUAUUAACUCAGAGAAAAGCACAAGAUCUGAUCCCAGGUAAUGAUAGGUCUUAAGAAUCCUAGUUCUUCAUUCAUGACCUCAUACUCAUACAAAAAUGUUUCUGUUUCUGUUCAGAAAGACAAUGUAGUGGAGCAUUCUGGAAUUAAGUGCAGUUUUAUGGUGUACUGGGAUUUUCAGUCUCUGGUUUUCUGAAUCCUACUAUUAGAACAUGCUCCUGAAAAAGACAUUAUUACCUUCCAGCUAGAAGACUUAGCAUAGAACUAGAUGAGGAGACACAGAAGAAAUUCAAACUGAAAUGAAGCUACUUCUUUUUCCUGGGAAGCGAAUAGACUACACAAAGCCAUCAUGCCAUCCUACAGAUUUAGUUUUUGGCACAGUUUAAGUUUCUGCAAUGUUUUUUACUGGUUGAUAUUAAAUGAUGAUUAUUAGGUUCUGAAAACAGAAUAAACUAAUGAAUGGAGUGUAGCCAUGAGGUGCCCCUUUCUUGGCUGAGCGAGUGAUCCUGGGCUAAAUCUUCCUUACUGUAGAAAAGAUGCUGUCUGCUACUUAGUGCUGUUUUAUAAAUCUUGGAUGACCAACUCCCCCAAAUGUAAGGUCAUUAAUAUUUCGAUGAAAUCCCUUAUACUUGAGAUAUACAGUUGUAGUUCUUUCCUUGGCUUGUGUGAAGAUGCUGCUACUUGGGCUUAUUUCCCAAAAGUGUGCUGAUGCGUGCCUUGUCCAGGGAUGGCACUGUUCAUGAUCUGCGUAAUGAAAUGUGUGAGACUCGAGGAAAUCCGUCUACACGGAUGUGGGCUUUUGAGAGAUCACUCUUCCUAACACAUGCUAAAUAACCUUGUCAUGCCAAAAGGAAGUAAAUAGAAAUUGGUAGCAUUGGACAUCCCAACGGACAAGAAAUAUUUUUAAUGUGGCAUAAAACUUGGUUGGCCUUCUAAAUCCCAUACUAACUUUCUCAUACCCCUUGGCCUCCUGUCUCAGCCUGCCCAUAGUGUUUGCCACCUUAUCUUUGUCACUCACAAACAUUGCCUUGGGACACACAGGAGUGAACCAAUUGGGUACUGAGUGAUUUAGCUGGAAACUUUACCCUCAAUUACGAAUGAUACUGAACAGCUCUUUACUGCCCCAAGAGACCCGCUAUUUCUUUAGCCUCUGGAUUUACCAACUUCCUACUAGAAAUAGUGACACUAAUAGCACAAUAUCUCUGGACUUGCCCUCACCCAGAAUAAUAUAUUACAAACUGCUAUUGAUUUUUUUAAAAGCAAAAUGCUAUUGAUUUUCUUAGACAUUGUAAAAAUAUCCUAAGAUAACACUUACCUGCAGUAGAUAUGGCAGUCUCGUGUCUUCUCUAACAAAACUUAUUCUUAAGACUUUUCAGACUCAUUUCCAAGCCAAAUAGUUUAGAUUAAGUAUUCCCUGGGAAUUCCCCCCCCCCUCCGGGAAUUCAAGCCCACGGUCCAUUGUGGCAGCCUUGUCAAUAAUUAGAGGCAUUUUCUAUGUCAUUCCUUCUCAACUCCUUCAUAGAAUUCACUUUCUGUUCUGGUCUCCUGGCCAUCCUCCACCAUCUGGGUGAUUACUGUUUAUCACAGGGUGCGGUAGAGCUUACAGUGGAAGACACGCACAUUCAGCGGUGGUCAUGGUGGUUAUUGCUUCUCCUGUUUCCAGGUCCAUUAUUCUGCCCCUCACCUCCACCAGGUCAUUAGAACUGUACUUGAUUGGAGCCCAGGAUUUGGGACCAAUACUUAAUUCAAAUAGCAGGAGCUUGCUCACAAGCUUUAAGCUCAACCAGAAGCACAGCACUUUGAAAGUUACACAGGCCUUUGGUAGCUUUGUACAUUUGCAAAUUUACAUGUGUUAUUAGUUUAUAACACUAAUAACAGUUUAGUCAUGAAUCUAUAGUAUCAAUAUGGUGAAUCUUAGAAAUAUUUUACAAGCAGCAGUACCUUGCUGCUAUUACGCUUACUAAUUUACACCCCGGUGUUAAUAGUAAGCAUUAAAUACAGAUUGUGUAUGCAUUACUUGUAUUGUGUAUAUGCCAACUGUAAUACUUAACCUCACUAAACAGCAACUAGAAAAUACAGAAAUUGUUUUAGUGCAAAUAAGUCUUGGUCAAUACAGAUGAUAUGUGAAUCUGCUAAGUGCUCUAAUAGGUAUUAUAUUUUGCCCUCUAUUGCUUGUUUCACACUACAGUGCAUGUUGUUUGCUAAGAAAAGAAAAAAACAAUAAGUUACACUAAUUUAAGAUUAGGAUUACAAGUUUGCAUAUAUGCUGCUUGAUACUCUGAAAGGUAUUUUGUGGCUCAGUUAUUUUAUCUAUACACAUUUCACUUGGCUCUUCCCCACCCAGCAUAUACCUGUUCAAAUAGCUUUCUCUUUCUUUUUUGUAACCUUGAUUAAACCGCUUAAUUAAACUUAGAACAUUGUCAAGCCAGAAUACCUCAUUUUAACUGUGAAAAAACAUUUUAAGAGAUAUGAUGACAUGAUAUGUUUUCUUGUAUUUGAUUUAAGCCACCUGAAUAGAAUUAAACCUAAAUAAAUGGUAAA